AUGGCUUGCUUGAAGAUGAGAUGUAUAUUUAUUUUCCUUCUGGUUCUUGGGGCCAUUUGCUUAUAUUUCAGCAUGAACAAUCUAACUCCUUUAAAAGAAGAGAAGUUUGUUUUCAAGAAAGAGAGUGGGGUCUUCCUCCAGCUCCCGGAAAUAGACUGCAGGCAGAACCCUCCCUUCCUUGUCCUGCUGGUGACUUCCUCCCACAGACAGGCGCCCGCUCGCAUGGCCAUCAGGCAGACGUGGGGGAGAGCAAACGUCGUGGAAGGAAGACAGAUAAAGACCUUCUUCCUCCUGGGAGCCACAGCCACACAGCACGACAUGACAGCGGUGUCUCAGGAAGGCCAGCGACAUGGAGACAUUAUCCAGAAGGACUUUGUGGACGUCUAUGCCAAUUUGACCCUAAAGACCAUGAUGGGCAUGGAGUGGGUCCACCACUUCUGCCCUCAGGCUGCCUUUGUGAUGAAGACAGACUCGGACAUGUUUGUGAACGUCUACUACCUGACCCAACUACUUCUAAAGAAAAACCGAACAACUAGGUUUUUCACUGGCUUUGAUAUAACGAAUGGCCUUCCAAUUAGGGAUAAGUCCAGUAAGUGGUUUGUCAGUAAAGAUGAGUACCCCUGGGACAGGUACCCGCCUUUUUGCUCUGGCACGGGCUAUGUGUUCUCUAGUGAUGUUGCAAGCCAGGUGUAUGAUGUUUCUGAGAGCGUCCCUUUCAUUAAAUUAGAAGAUGUGUUCGUGGGGCUCUGCCUGGCCAAGUUGAACAUCAACCUGGAGGAGCUUCACUCAGAGCAGACAUUUUUCCCAUGGAGGUUGUCCUUUUCCAUUUGUCGCUUUCACAAAAUUGUGACCUGCCAUUUCAUUGCGCCUCCUGAACUGCUGGUCUACUGGCAUGCUCUGGAGAGUUCCCUGGGGAAAAAGUGCCCAAUCAUCUUACAAAAUCCUAAGGGUAAAAAGUCAGGCACCCCAUAG